GACGCGGUAGAGACCUCUUUUUUUUUUGUUGUUGAUUUUUUUUUCCGUUGACAGAUAUUUCAUUUCAUUAAUUUAGGGAUUUGAUCUUACCACUAUUUAAAGGCGUAGUAUCACAUCAUCGUUGUUUUAUAUACAUCUAGUCUAUUCUCACCUAUUCUAUUAUUCAUACUCACUUAUAUCAUCAAUAUCAACAACAACAACCAUGACUAUGAGAAAUGUCUUCAAUAGGAGGUUUCGACGCAUAACUGUCAUUAUCAUUUCAGGAACCAUAUUCCUUUUUAUAAUAGUGAUUCUAUUCGCUAGUAGAAAGCCCUUAUCAUCCCAAGAUUCAGAUUUAACCAUGGGGUUCAAAUCAUUUGCUGAUAAUUUCGACUUCAGCUACUUAAAGAAUCUUAAACCUAUAUCUGAUUCAACUCCUCAACCACCUCCACAAUCAUUAUUAGAAUCAGAAUCAGGUACAGGUACAAAAGGAAUUACAGAAGAAGAAGAAGAAGACACGUAUGAAACAAAGGGAUAUCAAAUCAAACGUCAAGAUGUUAAAUUCAAAUACAUAAACCCUAAUGGUAAAAAAGGAACCAAACAAGAAGUUCAAGCUCAACAUGAUGAACUUUAUAAUAAAGUUCUCACUAAAGAAAUUCAUGAACCAAAAGAUUUCAAUAUAGAAUCCAUUCGUCCUCCUUCCCCUGAUAUGUUAUCAAAGUAUAAACAUGCUAAUGCCACCAUAGUUGCUUUAGUUAGAAAUCAUGAAUUCGGUGCCAUUGGUAGAACCAUUCGAAAAUUUGAAAAAUCAUUCAAUGAGAAAUUUAAUUAUCCAUAUACUUUAAUUAAUGAUGUACCAUUCAGUGAUAAAUUUAAAGAUCGUAUUCAAGCAUUCACUAAAUCCCCCGUUGAAUUCGUUACUAUUCCAGAAGAAUUAUGGUCGAAACCUGAUUCAAUUGAUGUUGAAAAACAAACGACGGAAAUGAAUAUUAUGGCGGAACAUAAUGUCGCUUAUGCUAAAAUGGAAUCAUAUCAUAAUAUGUGUCGAUUCUAUCUGGGGAAUAUGUUUAAUUUACCCGAAUUACAGAAAUAUAAAUAUUAUUGGAGAAUUGAACCUCAUGUUGAAUUUUAUACUCUGAUAAAUUAUGAUAUAUUUAAGUAUUUGGAAGGUACUAAAAAAGUUUAUGGUUUUACUAUCAGUUUAUAUGAUAUUUCAGAGACUGUCAAGACUUUAUGGACAGAAACUUUAAAAUUCUUAAAUACAGGUGAUAAUUAUAAAUAUAUUAAUAAGAAUGGAGCUUUCCAAUGGUUAUUAAGUGAUACACAAUUACCUGAAAAUAAUCAAAUAGCAGGUGGUUAUUCAACUUGUCAUUUCUGGUCAAAUUUCGAAAUUGUCGAUAUGGAUUUCUUAAGAUCAGAAGCAUAUACCGCAUGGUUUAAUCAUCUUGAUUCUACUGGUAAGUUCUAUUAUGAAAGAUGGGGUGAUGCUCCAGUUCAUUCUAUGGGUUUAGCUUUAUUUGCUGAUAAAUCUAAAGUUCAUUGGUUUAGAGAUGUGGGUUAUUUCCAUGAUCCUUAUUAUAAUUGUCCAAAGACAAGUCAUACUCGUGGUUGUGAACCAGGUCAAUUUUCUAAAUGGGAUCAUUUAAAUGAUCAAAAUUGUAUGGCUAGUUGGAUAGAUUAUUCCAUUGAUGAUUUAGAUGCCAUUUAUUAAACAAUUUUAUUCUUAUUAUUCUUAUCAUUAUGC